UAUGCCUUGCUUCGACCUUUUGAUCUCAUCGAAGCCAACAAUGAGUUGCAGUGGCUGCAUUCUGUUGAUCGGUCAUUAGGUGAAAAGGAAAGAAACGAUUCGAAUCAUUUUGAACAGUUGGGUGUUCGAUCAACAGAAAGCCACCAAAUUCAAGCCGCUGCUGGUAGCGGUUAUAUAGAUGAAAUCGCCAGUCUGUAGUUGCCUGUCCAAGAUGCUUCAGAGGCUUGCAAAAAGCGAAGAACAAGGAAAGAAGGGUGCAUGUUACAGGGAGCCGUCCGUGCUGGUGACUCUCUAUGUAGUUAAGCCCUGGGGAUCGCAUAACGCAGACGCUUGCAGGCCGACUGGACGGAGACGGCGCCACCGGCAUCGUCAAGGGAUCAGGGUUCAAACUGCAGGCACUGCUGCUGGUGGUGGUGGUGGUGAUGGCGGUGGCGGAUACAACAGAAGGCAAGAGCUCCUCCGCUACUGCCGGCAUCUGAGGACGUCUGCUGCCAGCCAACCAUUAUCACCACCACCUCCGCAUCAAUCUCAGAGGUCUCCCCCACGAUUGCACCUUCCUAAUGAGCCGCAGCGGCAUGAUCAGGGGAAGAGGCGCCUUAGAAAGAUGCUCACCUCUCUAAAGAAGAUGAAUAUUGUUCAUUGAAGCACCUGUUCGUGGUUAAAGAAGAUGAAUAUUGUUCAUUGAAGCACCUGUUCGUGGUUAAAGAAGAUGAAUAUUGUUCAUUGAAGCACCUGUUCGUGGUUCUUCUUAAAUGAUCCUCCGCAGAUAAAACUCAACCAUGUCGCACGACAGAAGACAUGACAUCCAUGGAUUGGACUACAUUUGGUGAUAUGCUUGCGGCCGUGAAACUGAGAAGUGAGAGCGAGUAAUUUCCUAUAUGUAUAUCAUGUGCAUGGAAUCAAAGACUAUUAGAAAUAUGAAGCAUAAGCUAAGAGAUUAUAGCCGUGCUUAUGGUUCAACAACCAGCAGUUGGUUUAUCAGUUCAGGCUUUAAGAAGUCUUAACUGUACAAAUGUUCCAUCUCGUAUAAAAUUCAUUCGUGGGUAAACUGAAGGUGGUGUACA